AUGAAGAUCUAUUUAAUAUUUAGCCUUGCGUCUUUGGCAAGAGUGGCUCUCCCCUCCGUGCUCCAACAGCCUUUGAGCGGGGAACUUUCCGCGGAAACAGACUCAACAAAAACAAGCUUGGAUCGGAUUAUUGUCUCCUCGCCCCUUCUUUCAUUUCACAGAGAUAUCGUGAGAAUUUCCUCUAUCAGCGACCAUGAGAGAAAUGUAGGGGAAUUCGUGCUGGAUUUUCUCUCCGCACACAACUUUACCGUUGAGAAGCAAAUCGUCCAAUCUGAAUCGGAAAGUCAAGACGAAAGAUUCAACAUUUACGCCUAUAUCGGAGAGAACAGGCAUCCCGACAUCCUACUUACUAGCCACAUUGAUACCGUUCCUCCAUUCAUCCCGUAUUCCCUGCAUGCACCGGCAGGAAAGGGGUCAAAAUUCCACCGAGCAGAUCUCCUCAUCGCCGGUCGAGGCACGGUUGACGCGAAAGGAAGCGUCGCGGCGAUAGUAUUUGCCGCACUGGAGACUCUCAAUGAGGCCCCUGAUGCCUCAAUCGGCCUUUUAUUCGACGUUGGAGAGGAAAAUUCUGGCGCUGGAAUGAAACACUUCUCUGAUUCGGACCUGAAUCCUUCGCCAGCUUCAUUCCACACUAUCAUCUUCGGCGAACCAACCGAGCUUAGUCUUGUGGCCGGUCAUAAGGGGACUUUCGGAUUCAAGGUCAUCGCUGAAGGCAAAGCUGCGCAUUCGGGAUACCCCUGGCUCGGGAAGAGUGCGAUCUCGUCGAUCCUGCCGGUCUUGUCUCUUCUUGACACACUUGAGGAUGUUCCUCCAGAGCAGGGUGGCCUUCUUAGGAGUGAUGUGCUCGGCAACUCAACUUUGAACAUCGGAGUUGUAAAUGGCGGCGUUGCCGGGAAUGUUGUUCCCGCACAUGUUGAGGCUUCUGUCAAGGUUCGACUUGCGGCGGGAAAUCCGAGUAAUACUGAGGAUAUUGUGAAAAAGGCAGUCAAGAACUUUACUACCGACUCUGGAGUUUCUGUCGUUUUUGAAAGAGGAUCUUCACCUCAACUAUUUGAUACUGAUGUUGGUGGGUUCAAUGUCAUUACCGUGAACUAUGGUACAGAUGCUGCUUCUUUGAAGAUUCAUGACCGCGAGGAUCGAAAGGUCCGCCGGUAUCUUUAUGGGCCAGGUAGUAUUCAUGUGGCACAUGGAGAUGAUGAGGCAAUUACAGUCGGUGAGCUGGAAGAGGCGGUUCAGGGGUACAAGAGACUUAUCUCUGCCGCCUUGUGA